ACACUGAUGAUGAUGAUAUCGCUAUUGUGUGGUGAGAAGUGCAUGUAAGGGGGUGAAAUGCUUAGGCACAAAACACUCCCCUUGAGCAACUGGGAAUGGAAUUUCUUUGUGGGAGGACAAGGACUGUCAGACUUGGGGUAAUUCAUAUAUUAACAGCAUCAUAUAUUAACAGCACUUCUUCCUUUUACUCUCCUGUAGAUUUCUUUGACUGCCGCAAACUUGGGAAUAUUUUGGAAAACAGAAGGAAAUAUUAAAGGAUAUGUCCCAGAUGUAGGGCUAUCCUACCCUAAACUGAACGAAUGUUUAAAUUGAAUAUUCCUACCAAGGUGCAAUUAUAGUUAAUGAGAAUAUAGUGGUGUCUCUCUUAUGUGGUACCUGUGUCAUUUGAAAUGGUGACAGUGAUGGUUAGUAUUUCAAAAGGAAAUUGACCUUAGCUUUAAAUUCUUGUUCAUGAAAGAGAUAAUUUAAAAGCCAAUUACUUAAAAUGUACUAAUUCUGACUACCAUUAACCUCCAUACACUAAGCUUCCGUGCAUUAGUUAUUUAAGGAUAAUAGCACCAAAUAAAAUAGAUACUAAUUUUGUUGCUAUUUCAUUUUUAUCCCUCUUUUUAACCUCUUCCCACUAAUUACUCUUAUAAAGAGUAAUUGGUGAGCACAGUUCCUGUUCAGUAGACCUUUCUUAAAAGCCAUAAAAGAGAGUAAGGGCUCUCUAAUGAAAGCGUAAAAAUAAGCUGGAAUUUAUGAAGCAUAGUUAAAUGUGAGGGGGAGAACUAGACUAAAGAUCUGCUUUUGCUAAAAAAUUCUUAUUCGAUUCCUCACAUCUUUGUCCUCAUCUCACUCUGCUUCAGCUCUGGCCCUCUGUGAGGUCAUUCAACUUAUUAACCCAGAAAAAAACUAACUGUGAUAAAAGAGAAAAAAACAACAACAACAACAAAUACUGUUGUUUUGUGCCAAGUUAAUGGAUUGAAUCACCUUAGCUCACCUCCUGCAGGCACCACAGCCAGCUCGUGGGAGAUGAGAGGUACAAACUUGCAGCCAUGAGCAGUCAUGGAAAAAUGCAGAUGGGGAACACCUGUUUCUUCUCAGUUGUGAGCUGCCUGACUGGCUCAGUUAUAUUAUUUUUCCCUUAAAAAGCUGUUAGAUAAAAACUGAGUUAUUAAUGGCCAACACUACCUGAUCUGGAGACCUGAGAGAAGAGCCAAGAUCAUUUAACCCAUCUAAAGAAUGAAAAGCUGGAUUAUACUGCUGGCUAUUGCAGUCAGCACAGAAGAAGCACAAAAGCAGGAUAUCUGUACCCAAGCAUAUCCUGGCAUUCCUGGCAAUCCUGGACACAAUGGCAUACCUGGUCGUGAUGGACGUGAUGGCUCUAAAGGCGACAAGGGGGACACAGGUGAAGCAGGACUUCCUGGAUCUCCAGGGAAAGAUGGUGCAAAUGGAGAAAAAGGCCAAAAAGGAGCCAAUGGGACUGUUGAAGAGAAGGGGAACAAAGGAGAUAAAGGAGAAAGAGGACGACCUGGGAAACUAGGACCAAAAGGAGUUAUAGGGUCAGUGGGUUACAAAGGUCAGAAGGGAGAGCUGGGACUGCAAGGACAAAAGGGUUUAAAAGGAGACAUUGGGCCCAUAGGUCCAAAAGGGACGAAAGGUGAAAUUGGCUAUCCUGGAAUAAUUGGUUUGCCAGGGCCAGUUGGCCCCACUGGUAAUCCGGGUCCUAAAGGUAAUACUGGAGAUCUGGGGCCACCGGGUAGUCCAGGAAUUCAGGGGGAAAGAGGCUUGAAAGGAGACAGAGGAGACAAGGGGAACACAGGUGCCCCAGCAGUUCUGCCAAGGAGUGCUUUCAGUGUAGGACUUACAGCUGCCACCAAGUUUCCUCCCCACAGUCACCCCAUCAAGUUCGACAAGGUCUUUUAUAACGGCCUUAAUGACUAUAACUCAGUUACUGGCAAAUUCACCUGCAAAUUCUCUGGUGUUUACUAUUUCACCUACCACAUCACUGUGUACUCGAGGAACGUCCGAGUAGCUCUAGUCAAAAACGGGAUCAAGAUGUUGCACACCAUGGAUGGAUACCAGGGUGCUGAGGACCAGGCGUCGGGAGCCGCCAUCCUUCAACUCCGGGCAGGAGAUGAGGUGUGGCUGCAGGCUCACCGAGGAGAGACCUUCAACGGGCUGUUUGCGGAUGCUGACGAUGAUACCACCUUCACUGGGUUCCUCCUGUUCAGCACCUCUGAGAUGGUGGAACCCACAGCAUGAAGCCACGCUGUUAAUCUGU